AUGCAAGAUGGAGCGCUGUGGAGGCAGCAGCAUGCGUACCACGGCGAAGACGACGACAAUGACGAUGACACACCGCCGUACGGGGUGGUGGAGUGGUACGGCGGGCCGUUCAUCACCACCGCCAACCACAACUUGAGCGUCAACGACGACUGCGAUGACUACGAACACACGGAAGGAGUGAUCCCAGACGAAGAUUGGCGGAAGCACGAAGAUGACAGAGACGGUGCCCAGUGGGAAACGGAAGCUGCCAGGAAGAAGAAGAAGGGCGAAGAGGGUGGGUGGAGGGAGGUGGUGGCGUUCUACCGGUCUGCCGAGGCGUGGCGCAAGCCCAACCUCAUGUACAUAUUCUUUUCUUUCUUUCUCUACAUGCUCGCCUUUUCCUACUCAUCUGCCAUGAUCCCCCUCGUGGUGACGGAGCUGUGCGGUGGCGACGUGAGCGCUGCAUCGUCGAUUCAGGGCUACCUCUCGGCCGUCAAUGCGGGCACCACCCUCGUCACCGCGGCGCUGCUGGGUCUCAUCUCCGAUCGCUGGGGCCGCAUUCCCUGUCUCCUCGUCUCCCUCGUGGGGUUCGGGGUGGACAUGGGCGUGCUGGCGGCGGCGCCGGUGCUCGGGUGGGGCGUGUGGCCGCUCUACGUUUCCCGCGCGGUCGGCGGCGCGUGCUACGGCUUCUACACGGCGGGCUACGCCUACAUCGCCGACAUCAGCCGCGCCGAAGACCGCUCCAAGAACUUUGGCGCCCUCGGAAUUGCGACAGGGCUGGGGUUCAUGGCCGGGCCAACAGUGGCGGGCUAUCUCGGCGAGUUUGAUUUGGCGAUACCGCUGCUGGUGGCGGUGUUCUUCACGACGAUCAACAUCCUGUUCGUGGGGUUCGUCAUGGUCGAGUCCAAGGGCGAGGAGAAGAAGCCGUGGGAGUGGCGGCGCCUCAACCCGCUCCGCUCGUUCUACAUGCUCCUCGAGAGCCGCCUGGCCUUGGGCGUAGCCCUCACAUAUUUCCUGAUGUUCCUGGCCGAGGAGGGCUUGAUCGCGGUCUUUGUGUUGUUCCUCAAGUACCGGUUUGGCUGGGGUCCACUCGACAUCGGCAUCUCCAUGUCCGUGUUCGGUCUCACCUACUGCGUCUCCCAGGGCGUGUUGAUUCGCUAUCUGUUGCCUUGGCUUGGCGACCGCAAAACACUUCUCCUCGCCAUGCUCAUCGAUGCGGUGAGCAGCUGGCCGUACGCGCUGGUGCCGAGCGGGUUCUACCUGUAUCCGAUCAUGAUCUUCCGCAGCAUCGCAUUCCUGGCCAUGCCCGUGAGCAAAGGCAUCAUCUCCAAGCAGUACGGGAUGGCCCAGCAGGGCGAGCUCAUGGGCGUGCUCUCGGGCCUCAAGACCAUCACGGCCUUCAUCGGCCCGCUCGUGUACAACACCCUCUUCACCUACUUCACCACCGGCGACCCCUGGCCCACCAAGGACCCCGGGUUGGUGUACUAUAUUGCUUCGGCGAACUUUUGCGUGGCGUUCCUGGCGUGCUGUCUGGUGUUCUGCCUCUUCCCCGAGACGAAGGCGAACAACAGCAGCAGCGGCAGCAGCAGCGGCAAGUCGUCCACCGGAUAUGUGACGGUGGACGACAACGGCUGGGAGAGCGACUUCGGGGUCCUCGAGGGCGAGCGUCUGCGCUCCGACAUCGGCACCCUGCGCGAGGCGUACGGCGACUCCAUCAAUGGAGACGAGGAGCCAACCUCGACACGUGUAAAUAAUAGAAUGUAA